UGCUGUAAAGCAAAUAAAAGCGCUUGCGCUUUCAAGCACGUAAACAAAAUAAAUAAUAACAAUAACAACCACAUUGAAUGACAUACUUUCGCGAGAGUCCAAAAUUAAGAGAGUGAGCAAGUCAUCGUUUACUCUUUACACGACGCAGCGUUGACAGCAUGUGUGUUGCAACAGUCGUGGCAGCGGCUAAACAACAACAGCAACACAUUGGCAUCGAACGAAUGCGAAGAAGAGGAGGAAAUGUCAGAAAUACAUAGGCAAAUGAGGCGAGUAAAAGAAACUGAAGAAAACGAACGUCUGAAAUGGGCAGUUUGUAAUUAUUGGGCUGCAGCGAGCGUUGGAAAUGGGAGCAAAUUUCGUGUCGUGUGUGUUUUGUUGUGCGACCAAUUGAAAAAAUAUUAUUAAUAAACAAAAUAUCAAUACAACAAUACAUGAAAUAUGUAUGUAAUCACAUAAACCGACUUGUAAACGUGUAGCGUGUAAAUUUCAAAGACAAAAGAACAAAUGUGGCGUGUGAAAAUCCAGUGAAAAUUUGUGUCGAGGAAAAGUGUAAAUUAGUUUUGCUUCAAAUGUGCAUACAUAUGCAUGUGAGAAUGUAUACAUAUGUAUGUAAGUGAAUGAAAAUUUACACACACACAUGCAGAGGUGAGAUGUGCUCAAUUGCGCUUGUGUGUUGCAGGCAGUGCAGUACAGUGAAGAAUUCUUCAUUGGGGUGGAGGAAAAAUCGGCAGUAGGCUCAGCAUACACCAAUGCAACCAUGCAAUACAUAUAUUUAUGUAUGUAUGUAUUUGUAGGAACAAAAUUGUUGUAUAUAAUGUGAGUGCAGGCAGUGAGUGGCACAACGCCGACGUCAACAGUCAGGGCAACGUCGGCGAAGCAAACACAACAAGAAAACAUUGAAUUAAAGAAGAAUAAGAAGUAUUAGACGCUGCACUCAGUCGAUCGAGGCAGCACGGCAGUAUAUAUAUAUAUAUAUAUGAAAGAAGUUAUAAAAGAUAGAUAAUGAAAAUGCACAGCGAAUUCGAGUACAAUUACAAUAGUGUGAGCUCUCGCUCUCCAACCGUGUGACGGCUACACUCAGGCAUCAACUGUCAAUUUGCCGCGACCGUGUGUAAUGUGGGAAUGAAAACAAAACAGCUUGAACAAUUGCAGUUGCACGAGAGAAUGUGAGAGAGAUUUGAAAGAGAUAACAUAAGAUGAGAGUGAUGCAUGCAUUGCAUGCCGCAUUUAUAAACUCUCUCUCACACACACUUAAAUGCACGCAUCAAUAUUCACACAUGCAUGUAUGCAUAUACAAGUGCACUGCCUAUACGGCCGACUCGGCAAAAACUCUUCUUGGCCCUAAUUAUAACUUGCCGAGUAUAAAGCCCAAUUGGUAGUGAAUGGUCGUCGUUUGGACGGACAGUGGAACGUAAACGUGAAUAUGUACAUACAUACAUACAUACAUAUUUUGAAACGGUGAAGCAAAACACUAAAAUCGAUGGACGAACGCUGUAAAAUACUUGAUCGAUUUUGCGGAAUAAAUUUGAACGUCGAACGGGGCUCGUCGAUGACGUUCUCGCUGACUUUUUCCAAUAAACUGAAACUGAAAACAAACAUGUUUACCUGUUUCUCCGCAACGAAAAUGUAAACGAAAGCAAAAGAGCAGAAAAUGUCGCGCCCAACUGCAGUCUUGCUGACCACCUUCAUUGCAGGCACCACACAAAGCGCAGCAAUAAAUCGGAAACUGAAAUCUAAACGCAUAUGAAUUUCACCUGCUGAUGGCCCAAGAACGUGUAGCAAACAAAAGCAAUAAAACGUUUGUGACCAGUCAACGGUUAUUUUCUUAGUCAAACACCGGUUGCGCCAGUCGGAACACAACAUGUAUCGUUUAAAUGUACAACAACAGCAAUCUCAGCAGCAAGCAACGUCAUCGGCGUCCGCGGCAGCGUCGUCGUCGUCGACGUCGUCGAAUGCGAAGUCCACCACCCAAUCGUCGACCUCGAGCGCUGCCUCCGCCACCGCCACCGUCAUACCCAGUCACAUUUUCCUGCAGCAACAAUUGGCCGCCGCCGCCGCUGCAGCUGCUGCCGGCAUCAAUCAACCGCCUGCCACAAUCGCCGCUACGCAUUUACUCAGUGUUGCUGCCAUAGCCAGUGGCGAGGGCGCAACCGCUUUGGAUCUGAAUGGUGGUGCGCAUCACCAUCAGCAACGAACGCUCAUCCAACAGCCGCGUCAAGCACAUGUCACACACCACCAACGUCUGCAUGCGAAGAACAACAGCAGUAUUGCGCCCAACCUUCAUCUUGGAGAGAAGCCCACCAUCAUAACGAAUGUCCUGGCCGCAUCGGUGGAGGAGAAGAUUAAAAUCAUUUCGACUGCCAUUAAAGCGGAGCCGCUGCACGAAGUGAUUGCGCUGACGAAGAGUGGUUCUUCAGCGUCCGCGACGCCAGCACCGCCGUCGGCUUCAGUCUCAAUGACUGCCGUCAAUAGCAACAGCGCCCACAGCAAUAUCAGCAAUACUAGCAUUAAUCACAAUAGCAAUAAUACUCUAAGCAACAGCAAUAGCAAUAACAAUCACGGCUCCGUGGGCCACAACUCGAAUACAGCAAAUUCGAUGAACAACGGCAACAACAAUAACAAUAUAAUAGCGCUCACUGUCAACACACUGCCGUCAACGGCAUCCUCAUCAAGCGGUACUUCCAUUUCCGUUGCUGCCAAUAAGUCUUCUAGCAAUGCAACAACAACAACAGCAUUAGCUGUGAGUCCUCUUAAUAAUAUGAACACCAUAAAUCUUGUUGUUGGUGGCGGUGGUAGUAGCGCUGGUCCAGCUUCAACCUCGAACAACAGUGGCGCAGUUGGUGGUGGGGGCACUUUGGUUAUUACAACAGGCGGCAAUCAUGGCGGAGCAACGUCAUCUUCUUCGGCGGCAGCAGCAGCAGCAGGUAGUAGUGCUGGCAAUGCUGCCAACGGACAUCUAGUGUUUGCAUCGAAACGCAUGCGUUUGGAAUGUCCUCCAAGCAACGAGGAGUGGAUCUCCACCUCUAGUCCGGGUAGCGUGCCCAGCUCAGCGCCACCAUUGAGCCCAUCGCCGGGUUCACAAAACCAUAGCUACAGCGCAAAUAUGUCUAAUGGUUAUGCAUCACCGAUGUCGGCAGGCAGCUACGACCCAUAUAGUCCCAAUGGUAAACCAGGUAAGUUCAGUGCACAACGCUUGAUAUUUGACCCCGAUCAAAGCUUAGCUACAGCUGCUAUCAUUCUAUAUUGACACCAAUUGGCUGCGUCUGAAUUUUCCAUGGAAGUCAAACUAACGGUGAAUUUGUUGCAAUAAUCAAACCAAAAAAAUUUUUUUUUUUUUCGAAAACACAUAUAUUUCACAUGUGAGUGUGUCUAAGUUUGUGGCAAAUGCUCAAAUUACAAACGAAAUUCCGUCUGGGCUUGACUGAAAAUCAAUCGAGUGAGGAGAAUUAUGAAAGAAUCAAAUUAAAUGCUUCCUAAGAAAAAUUUUGACGAUGACUUGCUAACUAAGAAGACUAAAAAAAAUUAAUAAU